GCACAGAUGGAUCUGAGCUCCAUCGUCUACCUCCUGGUCCUCUGCACCCUUGAUAAGUUGGUGGAGGCGACGUCUCAGGAGACCCUCUCACAUUUUAAUGAGCCGCAGUGGGAGAAGAAACAAAUCUCCAUGGCCCAGUUCCAGUGCUUCCAGAGGAUUCUGAAGGAGUCAAACACCAAAAGAAAGAGUAAUGUGGGACCGAUGUGUAACAUAACGUGGGACGGAUGGUUGUGUUGGGACGAGUCUGAACCUGGAGAAAUAGAACAAAACUGUCCGGGCUACUUCAAGGACUUUGACACUCAAGUAAUGGCCACCAAAAUCUGCACAGAAAGCGGAGAGUGGUGGCGCCACCCGAAAGGCAAUCGAACGUGGACGGACUUCACGAAUUGCAAAUCUAACGUCACACAUCACGGAACCGCAGCAAUGACUCACUUCUACUUGAUCAUGAUUGGUCACGGACUCUCACUGGUGUCUCUGCUCAUAUCUUUGGGAAUCUUCUUCUACUUUAAAAGUCUGAGCUGCCAGAGGAUAACGCUCCACAAGAACCUCUUCUUCUCCUUCGUGCUGAACUCCGUGGUGACCGUGACGUGGUUCUUGGUUCAGAAGGAGGACACCGCCAGCUGCAAGCUGCUCGCCUUCAUCCAGAUGUACACCAUGAGCUGCAACUACUUCUGGAUGCUCUGCGAGGGAAUCUACCUGCACACCCUGAUCGUGGUGGCGGUGUUCGCCGAGAAGCAGCACCUCCUGUGGUACUACCUGCUCGGCUGGGGUUUCCCACUUGUGCCCGCGGUCAUCUAUUCCAUAGCGCGCCAAUGCUUCUACAACGACAAAUGCUGGGUCAGCCCGGCUACUUCCCUGCUGUACAUCAUCCAUGCUCCCAUCUGUGCUGCGUUGGUGGUGAACUUUUUCUUCCUGCUGAACAUCGUCCGGAUCCUCAUCACCAAGCUCCGAGUGACGCACCAGGCGGAGUCCAGCCUGUACAUGCGAGCAGUGAGGGCCACGCUCAUCCUCAUCCCUCUGCUCGGCAUCCAGUACGUCCUGUUGGCCUACAAGCCCCACGACCACUGGAUAGCUGAGAUCUACCUGUACAUCAUGAACAUCCUCAUGCACCACCAGGGUCUUUUGGUUUCUACGAUAUUCUGCUUCUUCAAUGGAGAGGUCCAGACCGUCCUCCGGAGACACUGGAAUCUGCAGCGGAUGCAGUUCGCCGGGACGUUCGCCAACGCCGACAUCUUCCGCUCGGCCUCCUACGUGGCGUCGUCGCUCACCGAGGUCCACCGCUGCUACAGCAUCGAGAGCCACACCGAGCACGUAAACGGCAAGAGCUACUCAGACAUUUUCCGCUCGGAUAGCCCGUUUGUGUGAAGGGGCGGACGGCGGGCGCCUCCUGACACUUUUAAGGAUCGCUGAGCUUUGAGAAACGUCGACGUAAACACGAUCAUAAUCCACUGUUUGAAGAGUCGGUAUGAAACCAAGGACGUCUUUAUUUUAUCUACUACUGUUGAAGGAGGAUCUGAGUGUGGUUGGACACUGAGGACUUUGAGGAACUGGAGGAUUUUAGUGGAGACUUUUGAGCUUUUUCUGUGUCGUUCGUAUUUAUGUUGUUUUUGUCUCUCUUGUACGUCACUGACAUGUUGGUUGAAUACAUUUUUGUGUCAAAAGAAUGGCUGACUUAAUGAAACUGAACAAAAAAAAAGCUUUUAAACC